ACGUCUCUCCCCUUGUACUCACGAAAAUGGGGAAACCAUCCCAAUCUGUCCUUCUGCUCCUCGCGGCGGCCCUCCUCUUCCCGCUCGCCCGCUCCGACGCCGCCAGCCCUAUCGACGCCACGUACGACGAGCUCCGCAGCCGUGGCUUCCCGCACGGCCUGCUCCGGGCCAACGUCACGCUCGACGCUGGUUCGGGGGACUUCGCCGUAGAUCUCGUCUCCUCCGGCUGCCGCAUCGUUCUGCCUGCAUACUUCUGCCUGACACGGAGGCCCGUGGCCGUGGGGUUCGACCGGUCGCUGCACCACGACGAGUUCAUGGGCUCGCUGCUCCACGCACUCUCCGGGCACGUCGAGGAGCUGCUCGGCCGCGUCGUCGUCGACCCGGCCGCGACGUGCCUUGUCGCUGACACCUUCUUCGUGUGGCCGGUGACGCUGGCCACGAAGUUGGGCAUCGCGUACGUGACGGAGCCCGCGCUCAUCUUCAACCUCUACUACCACGUCCACCUGCUCAGCAAGAACGGACACUUCGGAUGCAACGUGAUUGAGGAACAUGUCGGAAAAGAAUCUAGACGCGGAAAGGAUGAAUCGCGAAGGUGGCGCUGAUGCUUGGGGUUCUCAAAGGCCAGAAACACCGCCUUGGGAUGCAGCAGAGUAUAGUCAACUCAUCUCUGCAGGGCCGUUGCUGCCACUACUAGAACAGUAUGCAGGCGUAGGUUCUUAUGACCAAAACACUCUCAGGGGGGCCCCAUGGCAAGUUCAGUCACAAGGCGCUAACACUGACAUAUUUACGGGCAACCAACCUCAACUAGCUAGCAUGGCUAAUCAAGGGCCUUCAUGCAGCACGUGGCAUCAGCCAGCACCCAUGUACCUGCCAUCGACGUCAUACACAGCGUAUUACGCUGGUGGUGACACGACAAUCGUCCCGUGGCAAGCUUCACAAAUUGCAGGUGGAGCACGACAUUUUGGUGUCACAGACCACACAAGAUGGCCAAAUGCAGCACAACAAGAACCUACAACUACAGUGAACAGCGGUGCGGGGACAUCUACUGCGGGGAGCUCUGAGUGCAUGGAAGACGCGUUCCACCAGCCAGCAGACUGUCAUGCCGCAAACAAUUUCGAGUCA